AUGUCUUCUAAUAAUCCAACCGCUCACCAUGAUGAUGAUUUGGUUCCUGAAGCCGUUGAAGGGUAUACCGUUGGUGAAAAGAAAACUAUUGCCGAAUAUACCAAAUUAGAUGCUGAAGAUGAAAGUUUGGCUAAAUGGAAAGCUUCACUUGGGUUAAGUGACGACGCUAAUGCUUAUCCAGUGAAAGCUGGUGAUUCACGUAAGGUUGUUAUUGUGGAGAUGGCUUUACAUUUCCCAGAUCAAAACUUGGAUCCAGUUGUUAUUAAUUUGGAAGAUGCUAAUGGUAAUACAAUUGCCGGUAAAGAAAUUAAAUUUGAUAUUAAAGAAAAAUCUAUUUAUCAAUUAUCAGUUAAGUUUAGAGUUCAACACGAAAUCAUAACUGGUUUGAAAUAUUUGCAUUCAGUUAAGAAAUCUGGUAUUAGAGUUGAAAAAUUAGAAGAACCUCUUGGAUCUUAUGCUCCAAAUACUAAGGAUAAACCUUACUAUGAAAGAACUUUCACUGAAGUUGAAGCUCCUUCUGGUCUUUUAGCUAGAGGUAACUUUAGUGCAGUCACUAAAUUCGUCGAUGAUGAUAAAAACGUUCAUUUAUCGUUCCCAUGGAGUUUCAACAUUACUAAAUAA